AUUUCCUUUCGAUUUUAUAUAGUUUUCUUUUCUUCUAAUAAACAAACCCGUUUACAAGAUUUCAGUAAAAUAAAAAUUUGAGAAUGUUUACAAUUUCAAAAUUUUCUGUACCACGCAUUUUACAAGUCUUCGCAGUAGCACGUCAAGCUGCUAGCAAAUCUGGUGGCAAGGGAGGCGGCGACAAAGGCAAAGACUCACCCUCUAAAAAAGAUGGAAAAGGCGAUACUAAAUGUGGGUCUGCUAAGAAAAAGUCUCAAUGUGAAAAUAAAAAAGAUGGAAAGGAUGCGAAAAAAGAUGAGAAAAAGGAUGCGAAAAAGGAUGCAAAAAAAGAAUGUGUCUCAUCUAGUGGUGGUGAUGGCAAGAAACCCUCAGAAAGCUUAGGUGGUGUUGGAAGAGAAAUCAGUUGCAAAGAGAAAGUAAACAAAUCCGCUAAAGGUGCCAGCACAGCGGGAGCCUUUAAAAAGAUCUGUUUGUUCGGUGUCAUACCGACGAUUGUACUACUGAAUAUUUUAAUAUUCUCUACAAGAACUCACGACGAGCGUGAGGAAUUCAAAAAGUGGCCACAUCUUUAUAAGCGCGACAAGACCUUCCCUUGGCGCGAUGGAGUAAAAUCGCUCUUCCACAAUUCAUAUGCCAACCCUUUGCCAGACUCAGGCUACGAAGACGAUUAAAAGUUUUAUUUUAUGUCCAAUAUAUGUAUACAAAAUAUUUUUUCAAAAUGUUUAUAAAAAGUAUGAAAUAAAUUAACAUUUUUUUAUAUCCGGUAUAUAAUCACAA